AAACUCAAAGUGAGAGGCAGCAAACACUAAAUCCCAAUCAUUUGUUUCCACACAGUCGAUUAUCAAAUAUCUCAAAUCUACGCAUCAAAGCAAAAGCAAUGCAAAAAUGGCGAACUUUCACGGACUCCGAAUCAUGAAUGUGUUGAGGUUCAGAGUAUUAGCCUCCGCCAUUUUUCUCUCUCUUUCUCUUUUAUUCUUCACUUCUCACUCCCACGCCUCCCACCUCCACCACCUCGAAUUCAAGUCUGGUUCGCGUAGAUUUGGAACUACGAGAAGAGCAGUAUUAGCGUUGAAAUCGGAUCCUCUCAAGCCUCGAUUGGAUCAGAUCCGAAAGCAAGCUGAAGAUCAUCGAUCUCUGGCUUUGGCAUACGCGCACUAUGCUCGAAAGCUCAAGCUUGAAAACACGAAGCUCGUUAGGAACUUCACAGAGCUGUCAAGGACCUACGGCGAUCUUCUUGCGAAACAAUCGUAUCGUGCUUUAUUCGAAACCGAUGCGGCCUCCAUUGAUGAAUCAGUGUUGCGGCAAUUCGAGAAGGAAGUGAAGGAGCGGAUCAGAGUGACGAGACAAGCGAUCGUGGACGCCAAGGAGUCUUUCGAUAAUCAAUUGAAGAUCCAGAAGUUGAAGGACACGAUUUUCGGAUUGAAUGAGCAGUUAACGAAGGCGAAGAAGCAAGGAGCUUUCUCGAGCUUGAUUGCCGCAAAAUCGAUCCCGAAAAGCUUGCAUUGCCUCGCAAUGCGAUUGAUGCAAGAGCGGAUUGCGCAUUUGGAGAAUUAUUCGGAUGAAGGGAAGGAGACUCCACCGGAGUUUGAGGAUCCGAAUCUUUACCAUUACGCAAUUUUCUCUGAUAAUGUGCUCGCUGCGUCGGUGGUGGUGAAUUCAUUGGUGAAGAACUCGAAGGAGCCAUGGAAACAUGUUUUUCAUGUUGUGACUGAUAAGAUGAAUCUCGGUGCAAUGCAAGUGAUGUUCAAAUUGAAGGACUACAAUGGAGCACACAUUGAAGUGAAGGCAGUUGAGGAUUACAAGUUCUUGAACUCUUCAUAUGUGCCUGUACUUAAGCAAUUGGAGUCAUCGAAAUUGCAGCAGUUUUACUUCAAUAGUAAGCUCGAGAAUGCAACGAAAGACGCCACCAAUAUGAAGUUCAGGAACCCAAAGUAUCUGUCCAUAUUGAAUCACUUGAGGUUUUACUUGCCGGAAAUGUACCCGAAAUUGCAUAGGAUUUUGUUCUUGGAUGAUGAUAUAGUGGUUCAGAAAGACUUGACAGGGCUGUGGGAGAUAGAUAUGGAUGGGAAAGUGAAUGGGGCAGUCGAGACAUGUUUUGGGUCGUUCCAUCGAUAUGCACAGUACAUGAAUUUCUCACAUCCAUUGAUUAAACAGAAGUUUAACCCGAAAGCUUGCGCGUGGGCUUAUGGUAUGAACUUCUUUGAUUUGGAUGCUUGGAGGAGGGAGAAGUGCACGGAAGAGUAUCACUACUGGCAGAAUCUGAAUGAGAACCGCACCUUGUGGAAGUUGGGUACAUUGCCCCCAGGUCUAAUCACAUUUUACUCGACAACGAAGCCAUUGGACAAGUCAUGGCAUGUUCUGGGACUUGGUUACAAUCCAAGCAUUAGCGCAGAUGAGAUUCGCAACGCUGCAGUGGUGCACUUUAACGGGAACAUGAAGCCAUGGCUUGACAUUGCCAUAACUCAGUUUCGGCCACUUUGGACAAAGUACGUUGAUUAUGAAAUGGAGUUUAUCCAGGCUUGUAAUUUUGGGCUCUAAAUUUAUAGUCAUAGUUGAAGCCUCUAUUAAAGGAAUUGGGGUAUGCUGGUUCUGCGGUAGCUUUCGUCUGAUUAGUUCUAUUGUUAUUGCUCAUGCAUAAACCAAGUCUUCCUGUUUAGCACGAAAGAAAAUUUGCUUUCUGUCCAAGUGUAACAUACUUCUUUGUGUAUCAGUCUUAGAAUUCUUCUUUUUGUAUCUAUACGAGUAAUUUAUAUGGCAA